AUUACAAGAAAUAGUUGAACGUUCACUUUCCCAUCCAAGCGUAGAAAAGCGAGCGAGCAGCGCAAAAAAAGUUCAACAACCUUGAGUCCAGCACGAAUCAAAAAUUCACUUGCAUAUUAUACAAGUGACACUCUGGGCGCAUAAAGUGGUCGUACGGAAAACAAGUGAAAAUGCAAGGUGUUUCGUCGUUGGUAAAGAGCACAAUUCCCAAUUACUUGUCGAGUCUUCCGAUCCCAGACUCGAUAGGCGGAUGGUUUAAACUUGGAGUUAAAGACUGGGCGGCGCUGAUUCCACCAACUGCAGCACUUGCAGGCUUCACUUACAUUACCUACAGAGCGUUUUGUCCUCAUGGCAGGCCUGCACCAUGCGGAAAAGUGAAUCCAAACAUCCUGAAGACCAAUCCGAAGGUGGUUGACUCUGUGGAUGUGGAGGAUAUUGCCGAUAAGGCAGCGUUCUGUCGCUGUUGGAGAAGCAAAAAUUGGCCUUAUUGUGAUGGUGCACAUGGUGUUCACAACAAAGAGACUGGUGAUAAUGUAGGCCCGGUUGUUGUCAAGCGAGAAAAGUGAAGAAGAUAAUAUUACUGAUGUGUUUAGCCAAAACUCUUAGAUAAUUUUCCGAAGAAAUAAAUUGUUACAAGUA